AUGGCUACCUUAGCAGAAAAUUCGACCUCGCACCUCCCAUACGGCACGCAUUACCAUGUUCUACAGCCCAUAUCCGCCAUAGCCGCCGGCAGGGUAGCCGUGUAUAAUUACGAAGGAAUCCGUCGCUGCCACCGCUGCCUCUGCUUACAGAAGAGGCCGCUAGCGCACCAGCGCAAGUGUGCAGGUCUCUCCGACACGAAUUCGUUCCCCUGCCUGGCUCGCUGCGGGCGCGCGUUUUCAACCCCGGCAGCUGCUCGGAAGCACGCGCUGCGCUGCGAAGGAUCGAGGAUCUCGCAAGAUCGGUAUGGGACAUAUGUGUGUCCGAUAUGCGGAGUUGCUGGGUUUUCCGGGUCGGCAGUGGCCAAGCACGUGAGCGAUUGUAGAGGCAAAAGGUCUGCCGUCCUAAAGCCGUAUAGCGCGAUGAGAAACUUGUGCUGCUGCGAUUCGUGUGGGGGGGUAUUUCUUCGAAACGGCUUUCGCCGCCAUACGUGCCACGUUGUCGGCGAUCCGGUAUGGUUCGGUCGACAGGACGGCCCCCCCGACUUAUCCACGACGUACGUCCGCUGGUGCCGCAAGGCAGGCUUGACUCUAGGUGGCGUACCGGGAGAGAUGCCAGACGUGGUCCCUGACCUGACCAUAUCCGUGCCUAGCGCGGCGGCGGACGAGCACAACGGCAGCAAACCUGCGGAGUGGCUUUCGGUCGUAGAGGGCGACGACGAAGACAUGCUUAGCGACGCCGAAGGUGGGGAUGACGAGUACGCCUUCUCGGACGAAGAGGAGGGACAGCGGCGGGAGGAGGACGACGUCCUCGACGACGGCGAGAGCGGAGACGAAAACGAGGAAUUGGGAAACCAGCCCGACGGACGCGCGGAAGGCCUGCUCGGUGCCCACAGAGCGCGCAUGGCCGUCGCGCUGCAACGCGCUCGCGUCACCUUCGACUCUCUUGAUCCGACGCCUUGUGAAGGGCUGACUUGGAGACACGGAUACUUUCCUUGCCCGUUCGGCACUGUCAUCACGUCCGAUACAGCUUACUUUAGAAGCUCCGUUAGACGUGGCGGGGUAAAGCAGCUUCAGAUCCUGCCGUUUUGUUUCAGAUGCGCGUCGUUGCGAAAUAAGAUAUCUUCCUGGGUGGCGGAAGGGAAAUAUACCGUGGGCGGCGUGCAUCUUUGCCGCAGGAGAGGGUGCCGCAAGCCCGUGGCCGCGUUGUGGCACUGCAAAUAUCAUGCGGAUCAGCUCACUCGCAUCAACAUUAGGGGUGAGGGUCGCUUGGGCGCGACCAGGGUUGUGCCGCCUGAGUACUUGGCCGACUUCGCAAGAUCUUGCACGGCGAGAGAGCUAGUAUGCCGACGCUGGAACGCCGUGAGAGACGCCGUGUUAGGGGCGCCAGGGCUAUCGCCGGUAUUUUUUGUCGAUACCGAGUCCGUUUACGACUACUGGCGGCGUGCCUUCGUAGUAUGCGAGCUGGCGAUACGGUCCGCGUCUGGAGAGCUUUUGUUGCAUACGCCGGUGGACCAUGGGCUCGCGCAACGCCAGCUCCGACAGCGUAUCAGGCCUCAUAUGUUUGCGAAACUUGCUCGCAUUUACGAUUUUCGUGACCUGUCCGGCCGGACGCAUGGCAUGACGCCGGAGCAGGUCACCGAGGCGUUGGUUCGGAUCGGGAUGAAGCCGUCGGCGUUCUUGGUGGAGUGGUCCCUCUGCGGCUUCGAUCUGAACGCUCUGCGAUCUACGUUCGACUGCUCCAUAUUCCCUACUACCGCGUUACUCGGCCAUAGACUCUGGAGGGACCUGGGUGUGCCUGGGAGCCUAGCGUUGAUGCCCUUCUUCUCCUCGUUAUUCCCGCACUCCUAUCUUAAUCAGGAUCACCACCUCGCCUCGAUCGAUUCCGAGAAGCUCUUUCUCACGGUGCGCAGCGCUCUCGCGCACUUUAGGUGA